UAUCUAGAACACGGCCUGCACUUCACGUGUCCACGGGAACCUUACUCAAGUCUUCUUACACACCGAGAUCUGCGAGUCAAGAUGAUAAUGAAGACUGGUGUAAUAUUGUUCGUCUUCUGUCUCUGGUCCUUAGGGAUAUGUCAAGUUCCCAUGGGGGAAUUGCCAACCAAGGUCACUGCGUUUGUUCGACAUGCUGCCAACUUUGCCGCCAACGAAAUAAACUCUCAUGCUACCUCAACACAAUGGUUUACGCUAACCAACAUUCAGAAUGCAACAAUAGAGGCGGUGAUGGGGAUAAUGUACCGUAUGGACAUCACUCUUCAAGAGUCGUCCUGCAAGAACCUCCCCGCUAACAACAACGCUACUCCCUCAAACUGUCGACCCAAGGAGAGAGCAUUGACGAAGUUUUGCCAUGUUGAGGUGUUGGAUGAUCCAGGCACUACACCACGCUACUCACUGAAGGUUCAGCACUGUGGGACAUAGCGCCCUGUAACAGUGCCAUCCGUGCAGGGAGACGGUGUGAUCCAUCAUCGAGGUAACCUUGUCGGAAUUGCGCAAUCCAAGGAAUAAAUAUGUCAAUAGGCA